GCAGAUGUGCAGACCUACAGAAGCAGUUUGAUCAUUACAGAAGGUGACUUCCCAGGAUGCCGCUGCGUUGUUGUGCCAGCCACAUGUUUCUGCUCUUAUGUGCUCUUUCCUUGUGUGUCGAGUCCGUAAGAGGCGGCACCAGCUUUCUCAGUCCUGCUCAGAAACCACAGGGUCGAAGGCCACCACGGGUGGGCAGAAGAGAUGCUGCAGAGCCAGAGAUCCCAGUGAUUAAAGAGGAUGAUCAGUUUAUGGCGAGGACUCCAUUCGAACUGUCCAUGUCUCUGAGUGAAGCAGAGUAUGAGAAAUACAGUCCUGUGCUGCAGAAGAUUCUGGUGAAUCUUCUUAGCGAUUUCCCACUUGAAUUCUGACAAGAGCUACCAGUUCUACAAGAUUCAACUCCUUAAAAACCAAUAAAAAUGUUUGUAAAUUAAAAAUUACGUAAUCAUUUUCCAACACCACGAUUUGACAAA